AAGCUGACCAUCAAUGUUCUUCCGUCUUGAGGCUUGGCUAUCGGGCUGAUCCUCGUCAAAUUUGCCAUGCAGGCCUCUAUCCCGUUCUACAACUACUUCGCCUGGACCAGUCCUACUUCCACUCCAGAUGUUUGCGAACGAGGAAACUACACUGCUGGGGUUAAGACGAGAGAAUGUCUACCCAAUUUCAUAUCCUGGUUCGUACCUGUGUGGAAGUCCACUGUAUUCUCCCUGAGCCUCAUCGAAAUUUACUUGCUCCUGUGCCAACUCUAUCCCAGCAUGAGCAACGAAUUGAUUUCGUCAUAUUUGCUGCCAACUCCAAGAGCACAUCGAGCAGCUCAUGUCACCGAGCUUACGCCUACUUUUGUAGCAGGGUACCUCUUGCUCGCCGCAGGUGCCACCACCCGCGUGUGGUGCUAUCGACUUCUUGGCCGUCAUUUCACCUUUGAACUCGCUCUGCGGAAGGAUCACAAACUGUACACCAAGGGUCCGUACGCCGUCGUACGUCACCCUAGUUAUACUGCCGCGCUAGCAUGCGUCGUCGGUUCCGCUAUGUGUACAUUCGGGGCAGGUUCUUGGUGGGCAGAGUGUUGCUCGUUAGACACCACAUUGGGGAGAUUCGUUCUGAUCCGCUGGAUUAUUUUUGCGGGACUGUUGCUGGUCACCAUUUUUACUAGGGUUAGAAAGGAGGAUAUGGUUUUGAAGGCGGCAUUCAAGGCUGAGUGGAUAGAAUGGAAACAUCAGACUCCAUAUGCCCUCUGGCCGUACUUAUACUGAUUUUACAGUUGCAGUUGAUUUAUUCUGAUAUAGAGAUAUAGAGAGUUUCCUUGGACUUGCAGUACGGAAGGAUACAUAGUCUGCCAAACAAUGUACCAUUUCUAUUUUUGGAUUUUUACAUUCUAUGUGCAUAGUCAAGCGCGGCUUGAGUGUCCGCCGAGUCUUGGUGCUCUUUGCAAGACCUAUUCCUUAGAAAAGGUCUGCAUAACGUUUUAUAGCUUGAGGCCUGAAUAGACAUCAUAACAUGGU